CGUAUGACAUAUUCACAAACCACCUACUAGUAAGAGUAAGUAGUUUGUGGCGUGGACAUAUUGUUUAUUGAUAUUUUGAAAUGUCCGAUAAAGUAAUCAAAACUAUUGGGUCGUCUAAACCAAUACGGAUGUGGAUAGAUGGAAAAUGUUUUAAUUUGAGACAUUACAAAGGGACAAAGGUUGUACAUACAGGAAGUGUGGAGUGUUCAUCAGAAAGGAAUGAAGCUUAUCAUGAAAAUGAUGAGAUGGUACCAGAUAAUGGGAUUGGCUCAGAUAUAACUUUUAUCACUGAUAAUAGUGGGAAAUUGUGCACAGGCUUUGAAUUACCUUCUUUAUAUUAUAUAAAAUUACACCAAAAGGACUUGUUAGAUUUAAACUCUGUGUCAAAAAGGACAAACACUAACAUUACAGUACCAAAACUCUCACAAGAAGGAAAGUUGAUGAUAUGCGGUGAUACUAAAUUCAAUAUAAUAGAGGCCAUCAAUGAAAUUUACUCUGCAGUAGGUCAGAUUAGAGACAGAAAUGUAGCAUUACAAUUCAUUUCAAUACCAUUAUUGAGCAAUGAAAUACAAACCAAUUUCAAAAAGUUUAAAAAUGAAAUUCUAUCUGAAGAAGAUCUUUAUGGGAUAGAAGAUUCAAUAUUCCAGAGUCAUUUAAAAUUACACCUUACAAUAAAUGUGAUGGUUCUGUUGGAUUCUAGAGAGAAAAAUGAAGCUAUCAAAGCUUUGGAAGACUGUAAUACAACCAUUAUGAAACCAUUAUUAGAUGUAACUGGACCUUUGAAAAUUCAGGUAUCUGGAAUUGAAUGUAUGAACAAUAAUUAUGAAAAAGUUGAUGUUCUUUAUGCAAAGGCAAAAUUUUUAAACGAAACUGAAGAUAUUACUUUGCAAAGAGUCUCUAAUGCUAUCUCAGAUUUUUUUUAUGAAAGAGGACUCCUAAAGAGACACCAAGAAAAUGUUAAAUUGCACAUGACUUUAAUGAAUUCAAAGUACAGGAAAGAUUUGAAUAGUCCUAAGAAAAAAUGGACAAAAAGAAAGAGUUUUGAUGCUCGAAAAAUAAUGGAAAAGUAUAAAAACUUUGAAUUUGGGCAGUGUAAUUUUAACUGCAUUCAUCUUUCAAAAAUAUCUUCUAAAGGCGAAGAUGGGUUUUAUGAACCUCUGAGUUAUAUCAAUAUAUAAAGUUAAUUUUAGAAUUGACUUUAUCAGCUUCUUGGUUUGUAUCAGUAUAUGAAGUAAAAAGUUUUUUUAAAGUACAAUUUUUUUUGAUGAGUGAAAAAAACAGAAGAAAUGAAUGAAUGAAUGAAUUAAUUUCAAGAAACAUAACAUGUUUAUAGUAGGGACAAUGUUGUAACAUACAAAUUGAAAAAAAAAGAAAAAA